GCUGCAUGCGAGACAUAAAAAUAGCAUUCCUGUUGUCACACUGCGGGGAAGGGUCUCAUACCGAAUAUCAAAACAACUCUGUGAACCAAACCUGUGAACAGCCGGCGGGCACUCAGUGGACAUCAACCAGGGGAGGAAGAAACAACAACACAAGCAGAGAGACGUGGGGCCUCUUGGAAACGGCCUCCGUCUUUUUUUAUCCCACACACACACACACUGCUUCGCUCUGCAAAGGGCGGUAAACAUCCAGCAUGUCGGGGGGCAGCUUCGUCUUCACGUCCACGGCCUUGCGCUCCCUGGAACUGGACGGAGACAUGCUGGCGAGGCAGAAGCACAGGAAGAAGCAGCUGACCAGCCAUCACUUCAACCGCUACAUGCUGAGGAAGGAGAUCAGGGACCGGGCGCCGCCGAAGCCCAGCGAUUCGCCGCCGGCCCUCUGCCGAGACGCGGUCGUCCAGAACGCUCUGUACACCGGAGACCUGGAGGCCGUGCGGCGCCUCUUUCCCCGAGGAGCCACGGCGAACCUCAUCAUCGAGCCACGGGGAGGGGACAUGCGCUGGGUGCCCGCAGGGGACGGACUCUGGUCACUGAGCUAUGAGCAGGAGCUGACCACGCCGCUUCACAUCACGGCGAGCCGAGGCUUCGCCGAAUGCCUGAGGCUGCUGCUGCAGCGGGGGGCCGACGUGGACCAGGCGCCCGGGGGCAGCACGGCCCUGCACGAGUCCUGCGAGCGCUGCCAGCCAGAGUGCACCAAACUGCUGCUGAUCCACGGCGCCAACGCCAACGCCGUCACCGAAGAGGGCUUCAUGCCGUUGCACUUGUGCACGAGCCCCGAAUCUUUGGAAUGUGCCAAGAACCUGCUUCAGUACGGAGCGGCGAUCACCGGCCGCACGCUGGAUGAGAACGACACCCCGCUCCAAGUGGCGGCCAGCAACGGCCUCCCGGAGCACGCCGCGCUCUACCUGCGCUACGGCGCCGCGGUGGACAAGCGGAACGACGAGGGCCUCACGCCGCUCGUCGCCGCUUGCGCGCGACCCCAGGAGGCGCAGGAGCUCGAGCGCUCCUACCGGGUGUGCCGGACGCUGCUGGGCGCCGGGGCCGACGUGCACGCCGUGGACCGGGACAAGCACACCCCUCUGCACAUGGCGUGCAAGAACGCAAAUGCAGACGUCGUGGAUCUGCUGCUGGCCAACGGGGCACGCGUCAACGACAGGGAGUACGGCGGCGAGGCGCCCAUGCACAACAUCCUGAAGGUGGCGUGCUACAAGGUUUCACAACAGCCCGACAGGAUCGUGCGAGCUCUGCUCAACCACGGUUCUAUCCGGGUGUGGCCCGGAGCUCUGCCCACGGUUCUGAAGCACUGCUGUGGAUCUCCACGCACCAUCGAGGUCCUGCUGAACGCCUACAGCCGCCUCAAGGUCACCGACACCUGGGUCGAGUCCGUGUCCUUGGAGGCGUUGAAGGAGCACCGAGAGUUCUACGAGUCCGUCUUCUCGUUGGCACGUACUCCUCGCGCCCUGCAGCACUUGGCCCGCUUCAGGGUCCGGGUCUUCCUGGAAGGCCGGGUGCACAAAGUGGUCCCUAAGCUGGAUCUGCCCACCUUCAUCAAGAACUACCUGCUCCUGGAGUACAGAGGCUAUGUCCACUGAAGAAGAAGAUGAUGAUGAUGAUGCUGAGCCACCGUGAUUUAAAUGGUGGCACCAACUGGAGCAGCAGUUAAGAAGCAGCUGCUGUUUCUUUUAUUCCAGCGACACGUUGGAUGUUGUACCACAAGAGGGCGCUAUUGACUAGAGUUGAUCAAAUACAUGGCACGUUAUACCAUUUGUUUUUAUAUUUUAAUAUAUUUUCAAAUUUUCUUUUUUACUGACUGCAUUGGAUAGCAAAGAGGCUCAGACACUUUUGUGUAUCAUACUUAUUGUGGUGGUUUGGUGUUUAUGGGCAUAUAGUGACAAGGUGUUGUACAUUGAGGAUUGCGUUAAAAUAUUUGCAUAAAUAAUUAUUCCCAUUGGUAUUAUUGUAAUUAGGCGUUUUCUAUUAAAAAAAUAUGCUUGAUGUAAAAUAAAAUAUUCCACCAUGGCCAUGUUAUCUAGUCAUUGUUCUUGUAUUAUUUCCUGUUAUCUUCUCUCUGCUGCUUACUGUGUUUAUAUACUAAUAUUCUUGAUAUCAAUGGAAUAAAAUACAUUUAUUGUUCAACCGGA